GUUUUUAGGGGCCUAGCAGGCCACUUGAUCACAUAUAUAAAGCCAGGCUCUUCAUCUAGGAUUUAGCAGUGGGAGGUCAGAGAGUUACAUUUCCUUUUCUUCCUUGGUGGUAUGCGGGACCUUUGCAGGCAAAUUCCUUUGAAAGAUCCUCAACUAUCACCCUAAAAACAUCCCCAGUAUAUCACCAAACCUGAAAGGGAAAAACAAAACUCCUUAGACCCUACUUUUCUUGACUUGCAUAAAGGCCAGAGUGAGUUACCUGAGUGGAUUGAGAGAUGGCAGGAGGAGGAUUUGUUGCUCAACAAGGUGGAGGGGCCGGCUAUGAAGGUCGUGUCACCGCCUUUGUGGUGUGCACCUGUCUGAUUGCCGCCACUGGCGGUCUCCUCUUCGGUUAUGACCUUGGAAUCUCAGGCGGGGUGACCUCAAUGGAACCGUUUCUGAAAAAGUUCUUCCCUUCGGUUUUUGCAAAACAGAAUAAUGCAGCCAAACACGAAAGUGAGUAUUGCAAAUUUGAUAGCCAGCUGCUUACAUUGUUCACCUCUUCCCUCUACCUUGCUGCUUUGGUAGCGUCCUUCUUUGCUUCAGUUGUAACGAGGAUCUUUGGCCGAAAAGUUUCCAUGUUCGUUGGAGGCCUUGCUUUUCUCGUCGGUUCCAUCUUAAAUGGUGUUGCUAUGAACGUUGCAGUCCUAAUUAUUGGCCGUUUGUUGCUUGGUGUGGGUGUUGGAUUUGCUAAUCAGUCUGUUCCAGUUUACCUAUCCGAAAUGGCACCAGCAAAGAUUAGAGGAGCUUUGAACAUUGGUUUCCAAAUGGCCAUUACAAUUGGAAUUCUAGUCGCAGGCCUUAUUAACUAUGGUACAGCAAAGAUCGAAGGUGGAUGGGGAUGGAGAGUUUCUCUGGCUCUUGCAGUCGUUCCUGCCUUAGUGAUGACCCUUGGAGCGAUCGUGCUACCAGACACUCCCAAUUCUAUUCUUGAGAGAGGCCAUUCUGAGAAGGCAAGACAAAUGUUGCAAAAAGUUCGAGGCACCCAAAACGUUGAUGAUGAGUUUCAAGACCUUGUUGAUGCGAGUGAAGCUGCCAAGAAAGUGGAUCACCCAUGGAGGAACAUUCUCCAACCAAGAUACAGGCCUCAACUUGUCCUCUGCAUUCUCAUUCCAUUCUUCCAACAACUCACUGGCAUUAAUGUGAUCAUGUUUUAUGCACCUGUUCUCUUCAAGACCUUGGGUUUUGGUGAUGACGCGUCACUCAUGUCUGCGGUUAUCUCUGGCACUGUGAAUGUCCUCGCCACAACUGUUUCCAUCUAUUCUGCUGAUAGGUUCGGAAGAAGGAUUUUGUUCCUUGAAGGUGGCGUUCAAAUGAUUAUUAGCCAGAUUGCGGUUGGAAUCAUGAUAGCCGUGAAGUUUGGGCUCAAUGGUGAGGGGACCUUGUCAAAAUCUGAUGCCAACUUCCUGCUGUUCUUAAUCUGUGUGUACGUAGCAGCAUUCGCAUGGUCUUGGGGGCCAUUGGGAUGGUUGGUGCCUAGUGAGAUUUGCCCUCUAGAGAUCCGAUCAGCUGGACAAGCCAUCAACGUUGCAGUUAACAUGAUCUUCACCUUCAUCAUUGCUCAAGUUUUCCUCUCCAUGCUUUGCCACAUGAAGUUUGGCCUCUUCUUUUUCUUCGCUGCCUUUGUUAUAAUCAUGACUAUCGUCAUUUACUUCUUCUUGCCUGAGACAAAGAACGUCCCGAUUGAAGAGAUGAACAAAGUAUGGAAGCAACACUGGUUCUGGGCCAAGUACAUCCCAGAUGAGGCUGUUAAAGGUGCCAACCGCAAAGUUGAGCAAAGGGAUGCUUGAAGCAAGAUCCAACACAUGUGCUUUGCCAAUUAUUUAGGUUAAGGUUGUGGUUGUGAUCAUCAGAAAAGGAAAAUAACAAGAAGGAACAGCAGAACAACAAAAACAAAGCUCUGUACCCUUUUACCUUUACCAUAACACACCGAAACUUUACCAAACUUUCAGUCUUUCUGAAAACUGUCGUUAUCUCCUGACCAGACAAUCGUACACCUCAAUAAAGAUUAUAAGUUUCUUACACACACAAAAUGAUGUUAUUCAAAUGGACUAAAGAAGAAUGUGAGAUACACCUAACAAAAAAAAAACCCAAGGAUUACUUAUAAUAACAGGGUGUCAACCAGUGGCUUAAAAACAAGAAAAUCAUAGCUCAACUUCCUUUCGAGUUGAGCACCACCCAUCAAAAAGAGGAGGUGGCUCUGCACCUCUAAACAGAAUUUACAGAAAAGUUGUUGCUAUUGCAACAUUAGGCUGUAACAGAGCGGCUAGGGACAACCAUAACAAGUUUUCCUACCAAUCCUACUGAUUGCCAUCAAUCAAAAGCUCAUAUUUGAUAAACUAUCCUUCUAUAACUCUACACACCACAAAUUACCACUCCAUCAAAAUAGUUUUUUUCAAUCUAAGAUAGCAAAUGAUACUAGAACUAAUUUCCACGACAUG